CUGGACUCCAGGUUCUCCGAUUCGUCACUGGGGACCUGGUGGGCAGACACCACGAUCGCUCAUUCUCACCCGGGUGAACGCGCCACGAUCGCACACCCCCGCCAUGGAUGGGCAAGAGGAAUUUGCAGAGGUUGCUGGCCCAGAGUGCCAACCUAGAAGAGCUCAUAGCCAUCGCAGCCGAGUUCCGGCCGCUACACAGGUGGCUCCCGAUCUCCCAUGCCACGGCCUGGCACCGCCUGCAGAAGUUUGGCGCCCGUGGCCGUGGUGCCAUCCCCCGCAACGGUGGCGCGCUAGCGCUGGCGCGCGAGCUGACCGAGGCGUUCCCCGACGUGGCCCGGCUGGAUGCGCGGGGCGCGGCGAACAUCUUGUUCGCCUGGGCCAGCCUGCGCUUUCGCGAGGGGCCCAUGGAGGACUUGUGCUGCCACAUGGAGAAGAUCAUCGCGGAGUGUAAACCGCAAGAACUCUCGAAUGUGAUCUACGCGCUGGGCUUGCUCCAGCACAAGGAGGCACUGUGGCGAAGCGCCUGCAGUGAGGCACAGCGCAGGGCCGAGGAAUUUGUGGCCCAGGACAUUUGGAUCAUGCUCUGGGCUUUGGCCACGAUGAGGCAUCGAGACCGGAAGUUGGUGGAUGCCCUCGCGCGGCGUGCUCAGGCGCAGUUGGAGGACUUUCAGCCCCAGGGCCUCGCGAACUUGGCGUACUCUUUGGGCUUGUUGCGCAUGCGACAGCCACGGCUGUUGCGGGCCAUUGGCCAAUCGAUGACCCAAGCGCGCUUCGAGCAGUUGUCGGAGCAAGAGAUGGCCAUCCUCGUCUACGGCAUGGCCCUGCUUCGCCACCGAGACGCAGGUUUCUUGUCGUCGGUGUGCCGAUCCGUCCUGCAGCGCUUGCCGGAGUGGCAGCCCCGUGGCGUGUCAUGCUUCUUCUACAGCCUGGGUUUGCUGGGAUUUCGCCAGGAGGAGUUCUUCCACCAAGCAUGUCUUCAGCUUCGUGGCCGCCUUCCCAGCUUCAACGGGCAGGAUCUCUCCAACACGGUAUACGGCCUGGCGCUCUUGGAGUUGGACGAUGCCGACUUCUUGCGCGCCCUCGCACUGGAAGCGACAGGGCGCCUGCCAGAGUUCACGGGUCAAGGCUUGGGCAAUGUGGUGUAUAGCUUCGGGCUGCUGGAGCAUCCGUGCCCAGCACUCUUGACGGCCGUGGCCCAACACAUGCCCCUGCGCUUCGACGACAUGACGGAGCAGAAUAUCUCCAACAUCGUCUUUGCCAUGGGCAACCUGUGCUUCACAAGCCUCCCGUUGCUGAAGGCUUUGGCACCGAUGCUCCUGCAGCGAGUCCACGAGUUCACUCCCCAAGGCCUUUGCAUCACGGCCUACGGCCUGGUAAUGAUGCGGCUGAGUGAAGACGACAAGCCUUUGAUGAGAAGCUCCGUGCGGAGUUCCGCCCAAAAAGCCGUGCGGAGUUCCGGGGUCGGCGGUGUGACCGUUGGGGAAAGGGUUUCGGGAUGGAAGGAGAACGGCCCUGGACUCUUCCAAACGCGCGUGCACCCGCGCAAACGACACCGGCGGCAAGUCCGUCGCGGAGCGCCUAGUAGUUGGCAGCAGCGUGCCUACUUGGUGGGCUGCCACCACAAAUCAGGCACCGAACUGCUGCGGCACAUCAUGAUGAGGACCUUUGAUGUCCUGGGAGGCAUGGACUCCUGCAAUUACAACACCACUGGGGGCCAGCUCACCUCCUUCUCACCCAUGAGGAGUGAUUGUCAGCUCCACCCUGCGAGGCUUCGUUACGACAAUCAUGUCUCCGGUGAGGUCAUCCAAGAGUUACGCGCGCUGACGCAGCACGCCGGCGGCUUUCGUGGGGUUUUGACCGUUCGCGAUCCGCUUGAGAUGGUGGUCUCGGCGUAUGUCUAUCACCAUCGGGGCAACGAGCCGAACACCGGCUUGGGCAUGAAUAUCGCACAGAUGGGUCCCGAGAAGGGUGUUCCAGAGAUGGCAAGGCGCAUGAUCAAAACUGUCCACUACAUGGUCGACGCCUACAAAGUGGCCCCACCAGACAUGUACAUCAUUCGCUUUGAGAUCAUCACGAAUAGCUCAAAGAACUUCAAUCGCACCAUUCAGGAGCUCCACACGAAGCAUGUUUAA